UCUGGAAUCUUCUGUCUAACUGUUUGCCUUGUCUAUCUAAAUCAUCCAUCCCGCUUGUUACUCUUACACUGCUCUUCUCUGUGACGCGAAUACUUAUUGCAUAUACACUUUUUUGGUCUCUCGUGCAUUCAAUCUCGCGUCUUCUCAACGAUCGUCUUCUCCUCCAAAGCUUCGCGCGCCUCAAGACUUGGAUGAAUUUCAAUUGUAUCCAUAUGCAUUACCUAAUAACUUCAUCCCUUCUUCCCUGUACACCCAAAUUCCACAACAAUAUUCAUUCAUGAACGCGGAUUCUCUUGACGGACGUUUACUGUUUGCAAUUCCCAAAAAAGGGAGACUGUAUGAAAAAUGCUUAUCGAUUCUUGCUGGUGCGGAUAUUCAGUUUCGACGACACGCUCGAUUAGACGUCUGUCUUGUUCUUAAUCACCCAAUCGCGCUGGUCUUCCUUCCUGCAUCCGACAUCCCAAGUUUCGUCGGCAAGGGCAAUGUCGACCUCGGUAUCACAGGACAUGAUGUAAUUCUCGAAUCGCAAAUGCACGAGCACGUUACCGAAGAGCUCCGGCUAGGGUUUGGCAAGUGUGCCCUGCAAGUCCAGGUCCCAGAAGCUGGGUCAAUAAAGACCGUCGAAGAUCUUGUCGGUAAAAGGGUUGUUACAAGUUUUGAGGUGCUCUCAGGGGAGUAUUUUGGUAAACUGGACGAUAUUUUUCAACUCUCCGGCGAGAAACGUACGAAGAUCGAUUAUGUUGGCGGUAGUGUCGAAGCUGCGUGUGCGUUAGGGCUUGCUGAUGGCAUUGUUGACUUGGUCGAGUCCGGAGACACCAUGCGUGCGGCUGGUCUUCACGCGAUCGCUACCGUAUUAGAAACAGAAGCUGUCCUCAUCAAAUCCCGAAUCCCGAAACACGAAGCACAUUCUAGCCUCAUCAACCUCAUCACCAAUCGAAUCAAGGGUGUCGUCGCUGCCAGCAAAUAUGCCAUAUGUCAAUAUAACGUUGCUCGAGACCGACUUCCUUCAGCUAUCGCAAUCACUCCCGGGCGCAGGGCACCGACUAUCAGCCCAUUGGAAGCGGACGGUUGGGUGGCCGUCAGUAGUAUGGUCGAGAAGAAGAAAGUCGCUCAAAUAAUGGACGAUCUUGUAGCAACUGGGGCCGAGGAUAUACUCAUAUUUAAUCUUGAUAAUUGCAGAGUUUGAUCGUGUAUGAACUAAAGACAACAACUAUCUAUGCAAGGCGCAGGUCUCGAAGAUCAAGCCACGAGGGAAUCAUUUUUUCAAAACUUGACACUUAUACAAGGGGGUUGUCGGUUGCACGCGGACGUUUCAGUAUGGAUUUAUCUUCCUUGUCGACGGUCCUGAUCCAGUUCAAAAACGAUGGGUUUAAGGCGAUGACGACCCCACAAUCCGUGUAUAACACAGCGCUGCAAAGUCGAUUUCACAUAUAAGCGUGCCUCAACGCUCGAUCCCCCACACGGGAAAGUAUGUAUAUUCAAUGUUGAGGUCGACGCUGUUAAGUAGAGGAUGUCAGAUGUCAA